AAUGAUCUGGUUAUGGGCCUCCUGCAGGGUUAACAACUGCACAAAAUCUAAAUAAACCCAUACGAGCUUGUUGGUGGCAUGAUCCAGAUCCAUGAUGGGCCUCUUCACUGUCAGUAAACUGCUUUUGAUGACUCUUCUGCUCCAACUGACUAAAGAGGAUGAAGAGUGGAAGACACACCCAACACCUGAAGCUGACAGUUCAGUGCGUUUCGGCGAGUUCUGCCUGCGUAUAUCUGAAGACUCUCACAGGACCAGCUCCCAGUCAGUUACCCAGCUACCCUCAAAGUCAGCUCACCCAACCAAACAGGCCACCCAACUGCCUCAACAGCCAACCACAGAGCCAGCCCAUCAAGAUAAUCAGUCAACCGAACCAACCACACAGCCAACCUCUACAGUCUGGGAUUCAGCCCAAACAGACAUCCAGGAAAUCAGUAUGAUACCAAUGAUGCACCCCCUUAACUUACAGAGUCAUGUUAAUGAUGGAUGUCGCUGCCAAGAGAAAGAGAGGAAAUUUCCAAACUCACUAAUUAUUAAGGUUGUGAUAUGGUUCCCCAGUGAAACAUGUAACUCAACCGAAGUCAUUGUGACAGCAAAGGACGGCAGCAAUGUUUGUCUGCGUAUACCCAGCUUCUUAGAAUAUUACAUUGAAUUGUCACGCCGCUGGUCUGAACCUGUAACUGAGGCAAGUAGCGAUGAAGAGCCUUCAGUCAUAUCUCCUCCUCUAGUGGACCCAACCACAGAGUUACCCAUAACCACUCAACUUUCUGUGAUAGAAAACAACCAAUUCGAUGAUCCAAAUCCACCAACUAUCAUUUCAAGCUUUGUAGAAGCUGAAGAAAUGGAAGACAAGCGUGUUAAUGGAAAAUCAUCAAUCGAUCAUCACGGAAAAGUGUCGGCUCAGUGUGAAUCCUGCAACUUCAUAACAAACUUGGACAGUGUUGACCCAAAGGAUGUUCAGUCCCUGAAUGUGAAGAUGCAGUCAUUUCCCUGUCCUGUCCAUAUUCAUCUCAUCCUGAAAAAUUACUCCGAUUUCUGUUUGGACUCAAACCAGUUCAAUACAUUGCUGAAGAAACUGGAAAAUCCCCCUCCCCAUGAAGAUCAUAUUCACCAGACUCUGACAAACAAUGGAUGUCGCUGCCAAGAGAAAGAGGAGAAACCACCAACUGAAACCUUCAUAAUCACAAGGAUUUGGCCCCCCAGUGAAACAUGCAACUCAACUGAAUUCAUCGAGACAGAGACGGGUGGGAAUGAGGUGUGUGUGACUGCAGCUAGCUUCUUAGCACACCUUGACUUUGCCUCACCCCUCCUGACUAAGACUAUGACUGAAUCCAAAACAGUGGAUGUCUUUGACCUAGUAUCUGAAGUUGAACUUGUCAUGCGGCCCUGCGUAGUCUGUGCCAAGUUCCUGGGCAACAUUGACCCAAAGGAUGUGCUGUCCCUGGAGAUGGAUCAACCAUCAUUUCACUGUCCUAUCCUCACUUUUAUCACCCUGAAAAAUGGAAUGGAAUUUUGUGUGGACUUGUCCGAUCCGGAGAUCAGUACUAUGCUGGAGAAGCUGGAAAUGCAAGACUAAUGAGGAAAAAGCCUUAAAUGUGAUAAUUAAUGUUCCUUUGAUCCAGU